CUCGCACUUUGUUCCAGGGGACCUGACCUGAGUCACGUGACCACAAAACGCACGCACACGCACAAAACCACAAAAACGCAAAUGAAGAGAAAAAAAAACCUGCUGUAAAUAAAUCACGAAACAUUGGUUUGUCCGCCUCACCCUUUGGGACACAUUGGUACCUUUGGAAAGUUGUCGAAUUCUUUUUCUCAUUGGUGCUGGAGUCUGUUUGCUUUAUACUCACCAACCGUUCAGACAGCACCGUACUGAGGGCACAACAUGGUUGCUAUAAGGUCGAUACGGUUACCGCUGAGCGUGCUUUUGCUACCGCUGAGUGUGGCUGCAACCACUACGCACUUGAUAACGUCUUCGACAUCGACAUCGUCAUGGACAACGUCAUCACUUGUGGUGGAAUCAAAGGAAGAGGUUGUGCCGGUGUAUUCGUUGGAUACAGAGACUAUAGACUCUCCCAUCCCAGUAACACCGAAUGGGACGCUGUUUAACGAUUCUGACUUGUUGAUGGAGGCGGUCCUGGGCAAUGAUACGCAGAACACAUCGUCAACGUUCUUAUCAUUUGAGGAGUGGAAGAAAGCCAAAGGGGCAGACACGCAACCAAAGGAGCGGGAUGCACACCAAGUAAGGUCUGUGGUGUAUGGCUAUGGUACGAGUAAUGGGGAGUCAAUAGGUGAGGAGAUGGAAAUUGACAUUGCGCAGUUCUUCCCAAACACCCAAGGCUUGGGUGAAUCUGAGGGUAAGACAUACUCAAAGAAAUUCAACUUUGCAUCUCUGGACUGUGCAGCGACUAUAGUGAAGACAAACUCCGAAGCAAAGAAUGCGUUAAGUGUUCUAGUGGAGAACAAAGACUCAUAUCUGUUGACACCAUGUUCAGCUGCGAACAAAUUUGUCGUUGUGGAACUAUGUCAGGACAUCCUUGUCGAUUCUGUUGUGAUUGCAAAUUAUGAGUUCUUUUCCUCAACAUUUAAAAAGAUCCGUAUCAGUGUCUCUGAAAUAUUCCCGGUGCCUAAUAACGGUUGGACAGUACUAGGUGAAUUUACUGCAAGGGACGUUAGAGACGUCCAGGAGUUUAACAUUACAAAUCCAAAGAUCUGGGCAAAGUAUUUCCGUGUGGAAGUGUUGGAGCACUACGGAGACGAAUAUUACUGUCCUAUUAGUGUUGUCAGGGUACAUGGAAGAACAAUGAUACAGGAGUAUAAGGAAGAGGAAGCUCUAGAACAAAAGAAGACCCAAGAACAAGGACAGCAGCAGCAAGGACAAGAACAAGGACAGCAACAAUUGCAACAACCAGGACAGCAACAAGGACAACAAGGACAAGAGUCGUUAGAUCAAUAUCAAGAGCUGCAACAACCAUCACAGCAGCAGCAACAGCAACAGCAGCAACAGUCACCCCAAGAAACAGUAAACAAGGCAUCAGUUUGUGCUGAAACCAAUAAUAUCAAUUGUACUGAUACUCAGGAGUCUAUCAUACACGAUUUGAUCAACGACACUAUCGAAAAUGCAACUUCAUAUGACAAUUGUCCAAUCACUCUGCGUUCGAUCCCUUUUGAUGAAUUUUUUCGUCAGGCGAACUCCAGUGAAAUGUCGUUAUGUCCAAUCGUCGAGCCUGUAACUUCACAGUCCUCCACAGCACAGGAGUCGAUCUAUAAAAACAUUAUGAAGCGUCUUUCACAGUUGGAGACAAAUGCAACCCUUUCAAUCUUGUACAUUGAGGAACAAUCGAAGUUAAUCUCCUCUACAUUUGCAUCCUUAGAGACACGUCAUCGAAAGAAGAUGGAGACUCUUAUGGCUUCGUUUAACACGUCAAUCCAUGACCAAGUCUCGGCAUUGUCGGAGUUGUAUUCGCAAUUCCAACGGAAAACUGACGAAGUUUUCAACAGACAACAUGCAAAACAUUCACUAUUGUUGACAAAUGCACAAUCAAGGCUAACAGCUUUGGAGAGUGAACUCUUUUUCCAAAAGAUUACAUCUGCCUUCAAUGGAGUUUUACUACUUUGCGUCUUGGUUUACGUCGUAUUAACUAGAGAUACAGUCAUUGAAGGUGACUACUAUGAUACACAUGACCGUUCAAUCUUAAAGAAACAAGAUUCGAACGAUAGCUCAAACACAGAGGUCUCAGAGGUUAGCGAUCCAGCUCUGAUAAAAAGACCAAUGACACCGCAGAGUGACAAAGAGGAUUGAGCACUACCAGCAGAAGCUCUGUAUACAUUUAAUGACUGUUUCUUUCCCUUAUUUAAUGAUCUAUUUUAAUUUAAUUAAUGCAGCU